GGUUCCGUUAUGAGGUCACGGUGAGGGUCUGAUUGAACAGGGGGCGCAGCAGCAGGCGGAGAGUUGCACUGGAUGAUGAUAAACAUGAGAGAGAGAGAGCGACACACACACACACACUGAAUAUGCGAUAGCAAGAAACAGUUUAUUUCAAUUAGGCUAGUAAAGCGAAUCUCGGAUAGAAAGGCGACCAGAGGAUUGCGCUUCUACGAGAGGGAACAUAUAUUAUAGAGCCGUUCUGUUGCAGUUACAGAAUUCCCUUGCUUUCUGAGAGCGAGACGGAGUGACUCAGGCAAUGAGACAUAAGAACAGUGAAGAAAGUUUCAAUUUCUAAAACAAAAUCAAACUCACGACUACAGCGCGGAACACAGAAACCAUGCACUCUAUGUACAGUGUGGGGUAAUUGUCGUUUCAAGCGCAUUUUAACGGAUCGUUUUCUUUCUGGUUUACAAGAACCAGGACAAAAGUUUAUCUAUCGGAACAUAUAACAACAUACAGCAUAAAUCUAGACUGUUUACCGGAACUUUGAGCCUUUUAGAAGAACUGUGUAGUGUUCUUCGCAUUGCAUAGCUUAGCUGGUAUUUUCUACCUCGCCGGACUGGUGAUUUGGGGGUCCGCGGGCGGGUUGUGGAUAUAUAUUAUUAUUUUUUCUCCCAUGGCCUCUGCCAGGAUGUACUUUAUAACGAGAUGCAUUUUAAUAUCCAUGAUUUGGAAGAGCAACCGGGCUCUUUUAUGUCUGCCGUGUGAUGAAUCUAAAUGCGAGGAGCCAAAGCAUUGCUCUGGCGCCGUGGUGCUCGGUAUCUGCGGCUGCUGCUCCGUCUGCGCCAAACAGAAAAACGAGAGCUGCGGCGGUGUCUACGGUCUGUACGGGACUUGUGACCGGGGGCUCCGGUGCGUGAUCAGACCACCGCUGAACGGUGGAUCCAUCACGCAGUAUGAAGUCGGAGUCUGUGAAGACGAAAACUGGGACGACGACCAGUUGUUGGGAUUUGAGCCGUGCAACGAGAACCUGAUCACGGGCUGCAACAUCAUUGAUGGGAAGUGUGAGUGUGACAGCAUACGGACCUGCAACAACCCCUUUGAGUUCCCCAGCCAGGACGCAUGCCAAACCGCUCUGAGGAAGAUUGAAGAGGAGCGGCCUGACUGUUCCAAGGCGCGGUGUGAGGUGCAGUUCUCGCCCCGCUGCCCUGAGGACUCGGUGCUAAUCGAAGGCUACGCACCCCCUGGAGAGUGCUGUCCCCUACCUAGCCGCUGUGUCUGCAGCCCUGCAGGGUGCUUGAGGAAGGUGUGCCAGCCUGGAUAUCUCAACAUCCUGGUGUCCAAGGGCUCUGGGAAGCCUGGAGAAUGCUGCGAUCUAUACGAGUGCAAACCAGUGUUUAGUGUGGACUGCAGCACAGUGGAGUGCCCUCGUGUCCAGCAGGUUCAGUGUCCACCUGACAGCUAUGAAACCCAGGUGCGUCUCACCGCAGACGGCUGCUGCACCCUUCCCACCAGGUGUGAGUGUUUGCCCGGCCUGUGUAGUUUCCCGCAAUGCACCGCCGGGAGCUUCCCCGAGGUGGUCUUCCACGGCAACGGUACCCCCGGGCAAUGCUGUGAUGUGUACGAGUGCAUCAACGAGACCAAACCAGCGUGCAGCUUCAACGGGUCGGAGUACCAUGACGGAGACAUGUUCCGAAUGGACGCCUGCCGCUUUUGUCGAUGUCAGGGAGGGGUGUCGGUGUGCUUCACCGCCCAGUGUGGCAUCUUGCACUGUGAACGCUACUACGUCCCUGAGGGGGAGUGCUGCCCUGUCUGUGAAGACCCCAUCUACCCAGUGCUGAACUUUGCCGGUUGCUACGUGAGCGGGGAAAUCCUCGCACACGGAGACCACUGGCGUGAGGACGACUGUACGUUCUGCCAGUGUGUGAGCGGCAACGCCCGGUGUGUGGCCGCCGCCUGCGGGCACAGCUGCCUCAACCCUGUGACUGUACCAGGAGAGUGCUGCCCAGUGUGUGAGGAGCCCACCUACAUCACGAUGGCGCCCCCUACCUGUCAGUCAUUAGAGAACUGCUCCCUGUCAGAGAAGGACUGCUUAUACGGCUUCCGACAGAACCUGAACAGCUGUCGCACCUGCCACUGCAAGACACGAGAAGAGCUGUGCAGUGCCCUGACCUCUGACUGUACCCUGAAGUGUCCAUUCGGCCUGCAGACAGAUGCCCACGGCUGUGACGUAUGUCAGUGUCGCCCCAGGCCCAAGAAGUGUAAGGCUGUAGUUUGUGACAAGGCCUGCCCCUUCGGAUUCAUAAAGAACAAGCAUGGUUGUGAUAUCUGCCGCUGUAAGAAGUGUCCAGAGUUACCUUGUGACAAACCCUGUCCAAUGGGCUUCCAGCAGGACGAGUUGGGCUGCCUGAAGUGCCAGUGCAGAGACCAGGGCUCCUCGUCAGUCGCCCCGUCAGUGAAAAAGGGCUCAUGUCUGUCCAUGGAUGGAAGACGGCACGAGAAUGGGGAGAACUGGCACGAUGGCUGCCGGGACUGUUACUGCCACAGUGGCAGGGAGAUGUGUACCCUCAUCUCGUGCCCGGUGCCAGCCUGCGACAGCCCUGCCAUACGGGCUGGACAGUGCUGCCCAUCCUGCCCAGAUGAGCCCAGCUCCCACAAGCCAGACCUGGGGGACUCGUCAGUGUGUCUGGCCCCGGGGGGAGAGUACUUUGUGGAGGGGGAGACGUGGAACAUCGACGCCUGCACCCAGUGCACCUGUCACAGUGGGCGUGUCCUGUGUGAGACAGAGGUGUGCCCGCCCUUGCUCUGCCAGAGCCCAAUCAGAACCCAAGACUCCUGCUGCCCCCACUGCCCAGACGAGCCCAUCACUCCCCAGUCUCCCAGUAAUGACAGCAUGCCCAGCUACUGCAGGAACGAGGAGGGAGACAUCUUCCUGGCAGCAGAGUCCUGGAAGCCCAACACCUGCUCCAGCUGUGUGUGUCUGGACGGACAGAUCAGCUGCUUCUCAGAGUCCUGCCCACCCGUUGGCUGUAAUAGGCCCGUGCUACGCAAAGGACAGUGCUGCCCCUAUUGCCUCGAUGCCACACCGCGAGCCGUGUGCCACUUCAAUGGGAAGACAUAUGCAGACGAGGAGCGCUGGGACAUAGACAGCUGUACACACUGCUACUGCCUUCAGGGACAGACCCUCUGCUCUACUGUCAGCUGCCCCGCCCUGCCAUGCCACCAACCCACCAUAGUGGAGGGCAGCUGCUGCCCCAUGUGUUCAGAGAUGUACGCACCAGCCCCCACCAACGUGCCCAUCGAGAAGACAGACCAGCAUGGAGACAGGAACCAGCCUGCCUGGCCCACACGCAGUGAGAACGACAUCAUGCCCCAGUUCAGAGGGGACUUUGGUAGUCUCCAAAUGCCCUAUCUGGAUGGGAAGACCCCAGUUCCCAGUGAGGACACCAAACUGCACUCUGUGGCAUGGGUGGCACUGCCCAUCGUCAUGAUGCUGUUCACCAUCACAGCUCUGCUCUACGUCAACCAGAAGAAGCAGUGGAUCCCCGUGCUCUGCUAUCGCACCCCCACUAAGCCCACCUGCCUCAACAACCAGCUGGUGUAUGUGGACUGCCAGAAAGGUACCAAGGUGCAGGUGGACAGUUCGCAGAGCAUGCUCCGGAUCGCCGACCCUGACUCUAGAACCAAAGCUCCUCUGACUGUCUGUCAAAUAAAAAUCACACCCUGUGAGAGAGAGGCUAGAGGAACGCUGUGGCCUGUCUGAGCUGAGCUAAGCCAUGGCAGGACGGACUGACGACUGCCGGACUUCAUGUGGCGCUCAGACGAAAGAGAGUGAACGAAGGAAAAAAAGAGAGGUCAGACACCGUAGACCCCAUCACAGACAGAACUCAACUGAGCACCUCUCUCAGGUCUGUUCAAGCUGGACUAUUCCUCCCUUCUUUCCUUCCUCUUUUCCUUCCCCCCCUUUGAAAACGUCAAAAUUGGCUUGUUGUCUUUUCUUUUCCUGUUGAACGUCACCUGUUGGAAAGGAAGUGGACAGAAAGAAGAAGCGUCACUCGCUCCAUCACCAGGCUGUUGUUCUCCCUGGUCAGUUGUCUGGAUUUCUAAUAUCUGUUUAUUUUUCUUAAUGUUCUUAUUUUCCCCGUCAUUUUCAAAUCUCCAUCAUAAUUUGGCUAAAUGUAUUUAACAUCAAAGGGCAAGUUGACUCUAACUUUCACUCACUCCAAACAAUGGUGUCUUUUAUUUGGAUAAAGAAUAAAGGGGUCCAGGUUGAUAUAGGCAGGAUGAAGCGAGUGUAUUUCUUGAGGAGCAUAUGCUUUACAAGUGCUGCUUUGUUUCUGUAAGCCUUUUCCACUGAGUUACACAUACAUACAGUGAGGGAAAAAGUAUUUGAUCCCCUGCUGAUUUUGUACGUUUGCUCACUGACAAAGAAAUGAUCAGUCUAUAAUUUUAAUGGUAGGUUUAUUUGAACAGUGAGAGACAGAAUAACAACAACAAAAAAUGUAUGUUAUAAAUUGAUUUGCAUUUUAAUGAGGGAAAAAAGUAUUUGUCCCCUCUCAAUCAGAAAGAUUUCUGGCUCCCAGGUGUCUUUUAUACAGG